AUGGCUACAGCAAUAGCAUUACCAAAUGUUGAUGAUUGUGAAUCUUGUGUAUUAUGUUCAAAAGAAUAUGAUCGUAUUCGACCUUCAUUUUGUCAAUGUAAACAUUGUUGUAUACCACUAUGUGUGGACUGCAUGAAAGAACAUCACGAGGAAGUUUUACAAGAUGUUGCUCAAAUUUCUCAUCAAUACAAUCAAUUAAAAGAGUUAUUACAGAACAAACAAAAGAUGUUUGUUGAUGAAACAACAAAAUCAAUCGAAGAUAUCAACCAAUAUUUUAAGACUUAUAUCAGUCAACUACUUGAAACAAGAGAAAAUCAUCUUAAAUAUCGAAAAAUCAAAACGAGAUGCACAGAAUUUGACUGUCCAUCUGUUGAUUCAGAAGAUGCUCCUUCGUUUCUUGCUAUCGAGACAAUAACAAUACAUCCGGCAGACUCAAAAAACUUAUCAUGUGAGGUUAUUCCGUUGAAUAUUUCACAACAACCUGCUGUACAGCAAAAUGUAGCAAAUCAACUUGACGAACUUGAUAGCUUUCAUGAUUACGGUGAUGGCAACGGUAUAGAAUAUGAUGAUGCACCAACAACAUACACUAUUGAUCGAAUGGCAAGCGAUGGGGAAAAUAUAAUGUAUACAAGUUAUUAUGAUGAAGAAGCUAAUCUUAUAGCAUACAUAUUGCAUGGGCGAUUUUGA